GGGCCGCGUUUUUUCGUGGUUCCGUUACAUUUUCCCUCACCUGUUACUUCAUGUCAUUAUCUGUACGUUGUUCUGUGGUAGUUGAAGAAUUAGCUGCUGAUAAAUGUACUGUCAGUCGGCGUAUUACACUUCGUGAAUCUCAAAUAUCCGCAGUCAGAGAUGAUUUACAACGAAUUCUUAUUCGUAUAACACCUUUAGAAAACUCCGGCAGUAAACAAAUGAUCACAAAAAGUUUAGGCUAUCCUGUCGUUGAGCUAAAUCUUUACAAGAAUUUUUUAUCUCAAGGCAAGGCAACCAUAUGUUUACCAGUUCAUUCUGUAAGGAUUAUGAUUAGCAAUUGUCCACCGGAUAAACUGCGUUUCUUUCUUGGUACUCUUCGUACUAAAUUCAAUGAACAAGUGAAUAAACCAUUAAAACGACCAGGCGUGCCAGAUGCUCCACCGACAUCUAUUUCACUUUUGGAAGAAAUCAGUCCAUUACCGCCUCCUAAAAAAAUCCCACGCUCUAAUCUAAUGAAAUCAACAGAACCAUUUCCUUGUGAUAUGUCAGUGAUAAAUUUUCAAGAAGCUUCCUCAUCACCUACAACUACACCCAAGCGUAAAUCUUCACAGUCAACACCUCUUGUCUCCACUCCUGUACGCAAAGCUGAGGCAAAAAAACCGGAAAGGAAAGAUCGUUCAUUUGGUCAUAUUUUCGACCUAUGGGGAUCGGAUGAUAAUACUUCUAGCCAAACGUCGAGUCAAGAUAAACAAAUGUCUGUGAUUAAUUUUGUAAAACAAGGUCAUAAUGUCUUCUGUACUGGUGGUGCAGGGACAGGAAAAUCUUAUCUUAUUCAUCGUAUUGUAGGUUUACUCCCUCCAGAAUAUACUGCUGUAACUGCUAGUACAGGCUCCGCUGCUAAUCUUAUUGGUGGAUUGACAGUACACGCGUUUUCUGGACUAGGACCUUUACUUGAAUCUGAUUUAAAAAUGGAUAAUAAUAAUGAUAUAUCCGCUUGGAUGACAAAUCUACGUGCACGUUUAAAAUAUCGUACAGAUAUGAUAGCUCGUUGGCAAAAACUACGUUAUCUUGUUAUUGAUGAGAUAAGCAUGUUAAGCAGUAGACUGUUUACACGUUUAGAUCUUGUAGCUACUGAAUGUCGUCGGUCAAUGGGUAAAAAUGCUGAAAAAUUAGCAUUUGGUGGGAUUCAGUUAAUUGUGUUUGGUGAUUUUUUUCAAUUACCACCUGUUGUUCCUGCUUCUCGGACACAAUCUGAAAGUAAAUUCGCUUUUCAAUCACCUUCUUGGGAUAAAUGUCAUUUUAAAGUUGUUGAGCUGACACAUUCAUGGCGACAAUCUGAUGAUCCUAAAUUAGCACAUUUACUUUCUGUUAUACGUGAAGGCCAGUGUCCGAAAUGGGCGAUUAAAAUAUUACGAUCUCGUGUAAUAUCUGAAUUAGGCAAUUACAAAAAUGGUGAUAGUGAUAAUAAUAAUAAUGGUAGUAAAUGCAUUGCAACACGUUUAUAUACUCAUCGUGCAGAUGCUGAAGCUUGGAAUAAGCGUAUGUUAGAUGAAUUACCAGGUGUAUGCAAAAUUUAUCGAUCUCAAGAUACUUCUGUCGGUAAAACAAAUUCCAGUUACAUAGAUUCCAUUUGUCCAGCUCCUUCUGUAUUAAAUUUAAAAGUCGGUGCACAAGUUAUGCUGCUACGGAACUUAGAUACUGGUCGUGGUCUUGUCAAUGGAGCUCGUGGUAUAGUAGAGAAGAUAAACAGUGAUAGCGGUCUACCAGAAGUUCGAUUUUUCUCUUCCAAGUCAAAUAGUGGAUCUAAUAGCUUUCUACAUACUGUACAAAUUGAAAAAUGGACUAUUCGUGGUGUUGGUACAGAAGAAGUUGGCAGUCGACGUCAACUGCCGUUAUCUUUGGCUUGGGCAAUAUCUAUACAUAAAAGUCAAGGGAUUACAUUAGAAAAUGCUGAGCUUGCAUUGUCUAAAGUUUUUGAAUGUGGUCAAGCCUAUGUGGCACUGAGUCGUUGUCGUAAUUUAGAUGGUUUACGCCUACUCGAUUGGCGUCCAGAAGUGAUACGUGCUGAUCCAGCUGUGAUUAAAUAUUAUGAAGAGAUUAGAAAACCUAAAGAUAAUAAAUUUGAUAAUGAUAAUGAUGAAUACUUAAUGGUCAAAAAGAUUCGUUAACUCUGUUUGUAAUUUAUU